CGAGAUGGCGGCGUUGCUGCUGCUCCGCGCCUUCCGGCUCGGCCCGGGCCCGGGCCCUGGAUGCCCAUGGGCCCCGAGCUGGACCCCGAGCUGGGCCUGCAGCCCGGCCCUGUCCGCCCGAGCCGUGAGGAGGCGGCCAUACGUGACCCUCAGGCCUGCAGGGGGCCGUACCGGGGCUGGAGGCGGCGCCCUACAGAGGUUGCAGUUUCGGCCGCUGAGCCCUACCUUUGAUGGAAUGAGUGGAUGGUUACUGCAACGGCAUCUUCUCCGGGACCCAGUGGGACUCUGGCGUCUCUUAGGUGCUGUUCACUUUUUUAACACCUCACGGAGGAAGCGGAAGAACAAAGAUGAUGACAAAUCUGGGGGGAAGACUCCUGAAGAUGAAGAGGAGAGGAGGCGGAAGGAGCGAGAGGACCAGAUGUACCGGGAACGCCUGCGCACACUGUUUGUCAUCGCUGUCGUCAUGAGCCUGCUGAAUUCGCUCAGCACCAGCGGUGGCAACAUCUCCUGGAGCGACUUUGUCAAUGAGAUGCUAGCCAAGGGCGAGGUGCAGCGCGUGCAGGUGGUCCCUGAGAGUGACGUGGUGGAAGUGUACCUGCACCCGGGAGCUGUGGUGUUCGGGAGACCCCGGCUGGCCUUGAUGUACCGAAUGCAGGUUGCAAACAUUGACAAGUUUGAAGAGAAGCUUCGAGCGGCUGAGGAAGAGCUGAACAUCGAGGGCAAGGACAGGAUCCCGGUCUCAUACAAGCGCACUGGGUUCUUUGGGAAUGCCCUCUAUGCCCUGGGAAUGACCGCAGUGGGCCUGGCCAUCCUGUGGUACGUGUUCCGCCUGGCUGGGAUGACAGGAAGGGAAGGCGGAUUCAGUGCUUUUAAUCAGCUGAAGAUGGCUCGGUUCACGAUUGUGGACGGGAAGGCUGGAAAAGGCGUCAGCUUCAAAGACGUGGCAGGAAUGCAUGAAGCCAAGCAAGAGGUCCGCGAGUUUGUGGAUUAUCUGAAGAGCCCAGAGCGUUUCCUGCAGCUCGGUGCCAAGGUUCCAAAGGGUGCCCUGCUUCUCGGCCCCCCAGGCUGUGGGAAGACACUUUUGGCCAAGGCGGUGGCCACCGAGGCCCAGGUGCCCUUCUUGGCGAUGGCUGGCCCGGAGUUCGUGGAGGUCAUUGGAGGCCUUGGCGCUGCCCGCGUACGGAGCCUGUUCAAGGAAGCGCGUGCCCGAGCACCCUGCAUUGUGUACAUCGAUGAGAUUGAUGCCGUGGGCAAGAAGCGCUCCACUUCCGCCUCGGGCCUCUCCAGCACUGAGGAGGAGCACACGCUCAACCAGCUGCUGGUGGAGAUGGAUGGCAUGGGCACCACAGACCAUGUCAUCGUCCUGGCAUCCACAAAUCGAGCUGACAUUCUGGACAAUGCUCUGAUGAGGCCAGGCCGGCUGGACCGACACGUCUUCAUUGAUCUACCCACGCUGCAGGAGAGGCGAGAGAUUUUUGAGCAGCACCUGAAGGGUCUGAAGCUGACACAGCCGAGCAGCUUCUAUUCGCAGCGUCUGGCAGAGCUGACUCCGGGAUUCAGCGGUGCUGACAUCGCCAACAUCUGCAACGAGGCCGCCCUGCACGCUGCGAGGGAGGGACACACAUCUGUCCACACCUCCAACUUUGAGUACGCUGUGGAGCGCGUCAUUGCUGGGACUGCCAAGAAGAGCAAGAUCCUGUCCAAGGAAGAGCAGAAGGUGGUUGCAUUUCACGAGUCAGGCCACGCACUGGUGGGGUGGCUGCUGGAGCACACCGAGGCCGUGAUGAAGGUCUCCAUUGCGCCACGGACAAAUGCUGCGUUGGGCUUUGCUCAGAUGCUGCCCAGAGAACAGCACCUGUUUACCAGGGAGCAGCUAUUCGAGCGCAUGUGCAUGGCCCUGGGCGGCCGAGUGUCUGAGGCCAUCUCCUUCAACAAGGUGACGUCCGGGGCACAGGAUGACCUUAGGAAGGUCACAGGCAUUGCAUACUCCAUGGUGAAGCAGUUCGGCAUGGCGCCUGCCGUUGGGCCCAUCUCCUUCCCCGAAGCACAGGAGGGCCUCGUGGGCAUUGGACGGCGACCCUUCAGCCAGGGUCUGCAGGAGAUGAUGGAUCACGAAGCAAAGCUGCUGGUAGCCAAGGCCUACAGACACACUGAGAAGGUGCUACUGGACAACCUGGACAAGCUUCAGGCGCUGGCAAAUGCUCUUCUGGAAAAGGAAGUGAUAAACUAUGAGGACAUUGAGGCCCUCAUUGGCCCGCCACCCCAUGGGCCCAAGAAGAUGAUCGCCCCACAGCGGUGGAUUGACGCCCAGCGGGAGAAGCAAGCCUCUGGGGAGGAGGGGGGCUCCCAGCCUCCAGGGCCGGCACAGGAACCGUCCUGGCCCAGGUAGUGGGGACGGCGUGUGGUGACGCAGGAGAUGAACUUGGCUUCUCUCCAACAAGGCGUGCAGCUUCUCCUGCAGGCCCCUUUUCCCUGAGGCUCUGCAGUCUCGAGUUCUCUGUGUGUGUACCUCACUUUUGAAUGUUUGCUGCUGGAGUGCAGACCAGUUCUCAGUUCUCAGGAUGCAUGGCUGUGGGGAUGGGGUUGCCCAGCAGGCAGGCUGGAGAGGGCCUGGCCCAGCUGCUGUGUCUCCCUCAGAAUGCCAACAGGCUGCACAAUGACAGACUCCUCCGAGCUGGCGCUGUCACUAUUCCCACAUGGGAAUAGGGUCACAGAGCUGGGCCAGGCACCCAGCACUGUCACCUGGUGAACAGCUGCACACGAGGACCCUUUCACAGCCCCUUCCUGCCACUAAGGGGACACAGUGCUCUCUUCAGCCUGUGAAUUGCUGAUCAAUUCCUUGGAUGGGCCUCCACUCCUGUGCUGCGUCCUUGGCUCUUAGCUCUGGGUCUGCACCUCACCCCUCCAGUGGGUGACACCAAGAGCAAAGCCCCUGUGGAGCAGACACCUUAGACCAUAUUUGAAUAAAGCAACCAGGAUGCC